AUGCUGUCCUUCCUGUUUGCCAUUCGGAAGAUCAACCAGAACCCGCAGCUCCUCCCCAACCUCACGCUGGGCUACAGUGUCCAUGACAAUUACUUUGAUGCAUUGCUGGCUUCCGAAGCCUUGCUGGACCUGCUCUCUCCUGGCCAGGCCAAUGUUCCCAACUAUGGCUGUGGACAAAGGAAUGCUAUGCUGGCUGUCCUCGAAGGGGCUGACUCCGAGAGCUCUGUGCAGAUUUCAACCGUGCUGAGCAUAUACAAAAUCCCACAGGUGUGGGCCACAGGCUGUGUUUUAGGGAUCUUCAUUAAGUACCUGGAAACCCCCAUAGUCAAAGCCAACAACCGGGACCUCUCCUACUUUCUCCUAAUCUCCCUUCUGCUCUCCUUCCUGUCUUCCUUCCUGUUCAUUGACCAGCCAAUGUUUGUGACCUGCCUUCUCCGACAAAUGGCCUUCAGUAUCGUCUUUUCAGUGGCUGUCUCUUCCGUGUUGGCCAAAACUAUCACUGUGGUGAUGGCCUUUCUGGCCACCAAGCCAGGAAACAGGGUGAGGAGAUGGCUGGGGAAGAGCUUGGCCAACUCCAUUGUCAUUUCCUGUUCUGCUAUCCAAGUUCUUAUAUGCACUAUCUGGCUGGGAACCUCUCCACCCUUCCCAGAUGCUGACAUGCACUCCCAGCCUGGGCAGAUCAUCCUGCAGUGUAAUGAAGGCUCUGUGACCAAUUUCUACACUGCCCUGGGCUACAUAGGCUUCCUGGCUGCUGUCUGCUUCACAGUGGCCUUCAUGGCCAGGAAGCUGCCGGGGGCAUUCAACGAGGCCAAGCUGAUCACCUUCAGCAUGCUG